AUCUUAUGUAACAAACAAACAAAAACGUAAGACGCCUACCACAAAAUUCAACACUUUCUAUCCCCUUUUAAUCAUUCAAUCUCAACUCCACCUUCCAUUUUCACUCACUUCACAAUUCACAGUUUCACAUACACAACACUCUUCUUUUUUUAUUCACAAUUCAAACCUCAAAACCGAUGUCUGAACAAGAAGGUGGUGAUGGGUCACCGGAAUCUCAAUCGUUGACUUCCUAUGAAGAAGCAUUGGAGGCUUUGUCCUCUUUGAUCAUCAAACGCACUCGUGCUGAUGGUAGCAAUAUGGGUGAUCAAUUUGAUGUUCUAUUUGAGUAUCUAAAGCUACAAUUGUCAUUGCCAUGCCUCAUUGAUAUCCGAGAAAGAUUUCGUUUAGAUGGUACAGAAAUAUGUGAAGAGAAAUUUUUAGCAUACUUCUGGUGGUGUUUGUUGGACUUUAGUCCUUUGAAUCCUAAUUUUGACAUAAUUAACAAACAUACAAUGUUCAUACACCACAUGAUAAAUCUAAUAUUUGAAUUGAGCAAGCUCGCCUUCAAGAUAUUUGCAGCAGAACAGGUAGAUGUUGCUAUCAUGGAGGUUGGAUUAGGUGGAAAAUAUGAUGCAACUAAUGUGGUUCAGGAACCUAUUGUGUGUGGAAUAACUUCCCUAGGGUAUGAUCACAUGGAGAUUCUUGGAAAUACUCUUGGUGAAAUCGCAGGCGAGAAAGCUGGUAUCUUUAAGGAUCGGGUACCUGCUUUUACAGUGACACAACCUGAAGAAGCCAUGCAUGUACUUGAAGAGAAGGCUUCUAAAUUGAAUGUACCUCUUCAAGUGGCACGUCCGUUAGACGCCAAAUUGCUAAAUGGUUUAACACUUGGUCUUGAAGGCGAACAUCAAUUUUUAAAUGCCGGUCUUGCAGUUGCGCUGUGCUCGACAUGGUUGAAAAGGACCGGACAUGUUGGAGACACACACUUCGAUCAAACCGGCGCUUUGCGGGAACAGUUCGUAAAAGGGUUAACAAAUGCAAGUUUGCAAGGAAGGGCUCAGAUUGUUACCGACAGGCACUUCAAGAGUGAACAAUUAAAUGAACUUGUUUUCUUUUUAGAUGGCGCUCAUAGUCUUGAAAGCAUGGAAGUUUGUGCAAGGUGGUUUUCUCUUGCUAUCAAAGAAAACAACCCGAACCAAACAUUGUUUCGUCAGCAACCGAAUAAUCCUAAAUCCUCGCAUGAAGUAGUGAAGAUGCAACAUGUGGAAAGAGGAUUCCAGAGAAAAUCCGCUCCGAUAUUGCUGUUCAACUGUUUGACUGUCCGAGAUCCUCAGUUGCUUCUUCCUCGCCUGAUGGAAACAUGUGCUGAUCAUGGAGUCUAUUUCAAGAAGGCGCUGUUUGUACCAAGUUUAUCGGUGUAUAACAAAGUCGGAUCCCAAGCAUCAACACUGUCCGAUUCUCAAGUUGAUCUGUCAUGGCAGUUCAAUCUUCAAGGAGUGUGGGAAAAUCUCAUGCAAAGCAACAAAGCAGGUAAAAUUACCGACAUUGUUUCUGAAGAGCUAAAAGAUGAUAUGGAAAUGAGUGCCAGUAAUUGCGAACAUAGUGCAGUGUUCUCCUCGUUGCCUAUGGUAAUCAAAUGGCUUAGGGACAGAGCGCAACAAAAUCAGUCGGUUCGUUUUCAGGUCCUUGUGACUGGUUCGUUACAUCUUGUUGGCGACGUUUUGAAAUUAGUUAAGAAGUGAUUCGAUGGAAAAAAUUUGAAGUUUCUUUCAAGAUGGGCUUGCAUUAUAAUUUCGAAACACACCAAGAAGUGCUGAAAAGUCCUAACACAUGGGCAUCAACCCUGCAGCUCUAGACUCCAUUGGUUAAUCCUUAGGAUGGUGGUUUUCUAUAGAGAAAAUUUUGAAGAAUUUCAGUUUUCAAUUGUAUGGUGGUAACUAUUGAUUUUCAUAUUCAAGAUGGUUUCAUAAUUUGUUAUCUUUUUUUUAAUCUUUUCUCUCGAAGAAUUGAAAAAAAGUAUCAUUUUCACUAGAUUCAAGGCUUUGCAAUUUAUCCUUACUUAUUUAGAAAGUAGCUUAUAAUAUAUUUCAGAAUUUCGAUAU